AUAGGAUAACAAGUCUUGCAAAGGAAGGUUUAUGAACCAGGGCUUGUUUUAAAUGUUACUUAUUUGCCUGGAUAAGCCUUAGUGAUUUAACUGGAUAAAAUAAGUUUUCUUGGCCUAAUCUUUGUUUGUUUGUGUGUGUGUGUGUGUGUGUGUGUGUGUUAGAGGAUGAGUGUGUACCUGCUGGUCCUAUGUCUGGCUUUGCUGCAGCAGGAGGGAAUAGCCAGGCCAGACCCUCCAGGCUGCACUAGCCCUGAGGCGGUGAGGGUGGCGGAAGAAGCCCUGGAGCAGAUUAACCAGGACCGCACAGACGGAUACAUCCUGAGCCUCAACAGACUAUAUGACCUCUCUCGCACUCUUGAAAUGGAGAAAGGUGGUUCCCUGUACAAACUGACCAUUGAUGUCAUGGAAACCAAAUGCCACAUCAUCAGCGGGAAACCAUGGAAACAAUGCGAAGUCAGAGAUAUUGGUGAUCUACCAGCAUAUGGAGAGUGUGAGAUAUCUGUCUACGCUGACUCUCAAGUCAAACUGCAAAGCUACUCCUGUGCACUUCGUGAAGUUCCCGCCACUGCAGUGGUGGCUGUGUGUCCGGACUGCCCCACAGCCGAAAACCUGAACGAGCCCAUCGUCAAAGAGACAGCCAAUCUGUCCCUGCAGAGGUUCAAUGAGGAGAGCAGCCUCGCCAACUACUUUACUCUGGAGAACAUUAACAGAGCCAGUUCACAGUGGGUUGUUGGUCCAUCCUACUUUGUGGAAUUCACCAUUGUGGAGACAGUGUGUUCAAAGAAAACAGAAGAAAGUGAACUAAGUAACUGCCAACCAAUGGACUGUCAGUUUGCACAUAGAGGCUUCUGUUUGGGCACACACAUGGCCCACGACGACCAAUUUGAAAUGAGACUCCCUGUCGGAAAGAAGGCCAGCUCAUUUCAGACCCGAAAGCCUGUAGAGGUGAAGUGUGAGAUCUACGAACCUCAGGCUGCAGCUGUGGAGGAGCAGGUCCAUGCAAAAGCAGACAGUGGACACACUGAGCAUCAGCCCCACAACCACACACACCUGCACCCCCAUGAGCACAUGCACUCAGUCACACCCAGCCCAGACGUCGUCGUCUCCAAGCCUCGGGGCUCCCUCGGGACUGUGACGGAACAGCCUGCCCCUGUCCGGUCCGCCCCAGCAGCCAGCUCCUGUCCCAGCCCACACAGACACAACCUGGGUAUAGACGGACUCAAGAUCUGAAUGGCUGGACCAGGACAGUCUUUGAUCAGUUACUUAAGAUAAUGUCUUUUCCUGCACAAAGUUAUUAGUUAAUAAUUUAUAACCCAGGAGUAAAAAAAAGUAAAAUAUGCACACACAUAAUAAUCCUUGCAAAUAAUCAGAUUAUAUCAUUUUUUUGCUUCAACUUUACAUAGAAAGAGGUUGAAUCAUUUUCUCACAUCACAUGGCAAUUAUUGAGCACCGAUUAGUUGCUCUGUCAAUAUUUGUUUGGCAUUAGAGUAGAGAGAAGUGUUGUAGGUGCGACUGAAUCAAUUUUGUCUGAAGGUCCCAAAGUGUUGGACUACAUUUGUUGAUGUAUUUCUCUGCAAUACAAACCAGUUUGAGUAACUUCAGCAUCACCGAUUUAAAAUUGUAAUCUUUACAUUGCAUGAUUUUUUUUUAAAUUAUAAUUUACUAAUUUGAUAAAUUUAGCACUUGAUAACGUGGUAAUAAUAAUUACUGCUAAAUAACUAUUGCAGUAAAAAUCAAGC